AUGCGACUUGCUCUGGAGCAAGAGAAAGAUCCUCUGGAUAACAAUCUGCAGCGAGUUUUGCCUGGAGUACACCAACGUUUUGAACAAACCAAUGGAGCAGUUGCCCGUUUGACUGGAAAAGUGGACCACAUGACCGCCGCUCUGUCUGCUGGGAUUGACAAGCUUGUGGCCAUCCACCAGGAAACUGCAGCACGACAGCAACAAGUGGACGUUCGUGCAGAGAGGCUUGCAUGCCUACUUGAGAAAGGGGCACAAGCACUUCGAGGACAUGAGGAGCAACAAUUCACCGACUUGUUCGUGGAAGCCGCAGCUGCUGGUGAAGGCUUAGGAGAGGAGCCACCUCCCAUGGAGAUCGACGACUUACUGAAUGCUGCAGAAGAAGAGGCUGCCGCGACAACGCUACUUCAAGUUGGUGCACCUACAGCUACUACUACAGUUACUGAAGCACCACGAAUAAGUACUGGAAUGUUCGGACAAUUUACAGGAGAUGCUGGUUUGACUACAGAGGAACUUCAACUCGGUGCAACACCGCAUGUCACAACACCCAGCUCCAGAUUUCGGCUUAAGCCCAAGCACACUCUCCUUAGCGAUAUCUGGGAUGAGUGGCAUGGCAACGACAAUUUCUUUUGUGCUUUGGGUGGUGUUGCCGGAAGGGAGCAAAAUAUUAAAGGGUGGAGGAGGCACUGGACUCGAUCACAGCAGACACACUUCAGUCGAACGGCAGCCUGCGUAAAAGGGAUAUCGGCUUGGCAAGAAGCCCACCGAAUGAAAGAUCAUUACGAAUCAUGCGCCGCACUACAGACAGUGUUCGAAAAAGAGUGCAAGUUCACUGUUGAGAAGAUGAAGCUAUGGUUCCAAGCCAAAUGCAUGGUCCCCAAGGGAGCUGCUCGUGGCAAGCAACGAAAGAAGCAGUAG